AUGGCCAUCGUAGGAAUUAACGGAUUCGGAAGAAUAGGUCGAAUGUGUUUGCGUACUUGCAUAGAGAAGGACAUGACGGUUAGCUUGAUUAACGAUCCAUUUAUUUCAACCGAUUAUAUGAUAUAUUUAUUCAAAUACGAUUCGACUCAUGGAACUUAUCCUUUGAAAGUGGAAUGCGAAGAUGGAUUCAUGGUUAUCGCAGAUAAGAGAAUAGCCACGUCUCAAGAAAAAAAUCCAUGCAAAAUAAAUUGGAAAGAAGCAGGUGUAACUUACGUAAUCGAAGCUACAGGAGUGUUUAAUACUUUGGAGAAAGCAAGUUUACAUAUGGACGGCGGUGCAAAGAGGGUAGUUAUCACCGCACCCUCGGUCGAUGCACAGAUGAUAGCUUACGGUGUAAAUCAUGCUUGUUACGAUCCGAAGAAAUGUAAAGUAGUAUCAGCUGCCUCGUGCACGACAAAUUGUGCAGCCCCGAUUAUCAAAGUAAUGCACGAUAAAUUUGAAGUUAUUGAAGUAAUGAUCAGCAGCGUGCAUGCCGUUACGUCGAUGCAGAGAACAUUAGAUGGCCCCAUAGAAAAGGGAAAGCUGUGGAGAGACGGCAGAAGCGGGCUUCAAAAUAUUAUUCCGACGUCUUCAGGUGCGGCGAAGUCGUUGGACAAAAUUAUUCCUGAACUUAAGGGAAAAAUUUCGGCGAUCGCUUUUAGAGUACCUAUACCGAAUGUUUCUUUGUGCGAUAUGACAUUUAGGGUUAGCAAACCAACAACGUAUGAGGAAGUAAAAGAUGCAAUGAAAUCAGCGUCAGAAAAUGAGUUGAAAGAUAUAUUAGGAUACACGGACGAAGAUUGUGUGUCGUCUGAUUUUAAUAACACAAGUUAUUCCUGCAUUUUUGACUCUAAAGCUGGCAUUCCUCAGACGAGCACAUUCAUCAAAAUCGUUGCCUGGUAUGACAAUGAAUACGGUUACGCUCACCGAGUAACGGAUUUAAUAAACUAUAUGUAUCAAGUCGAUUCCGGUAACAUACCAGUAGCUCCGCAGGAAGCAGAAGCUGAAGAAUAAUUCAU